CAUAUUUUUAGGGGAGAAUGAUUAAAUUGGCUAAGACCUUUUCUACAUAUAUUUUCUUCCCAACCUUUUUUUUUGCUAUAGCUAGUGACUUUAAAUUCAGUUCUUUGCUUGUUUCAAGCAAAACCCAAGAAAUGGAUAUGGUCUCAAUUUUCAGAAUUUUUCUUUUUUCCUCGUUUGUAUGCAUUUCAGACAUUGUUCAUGGUGAUUUUCCUACUACUCUUGAAGGACCUUUCAAGCCUGUAACUGUCCCUCUUGAUAACAAGACCUACCAUGGAAAUGCCAUAGACUUACCAGACACUUACCCUCAGCUUCAAAAGAAUGUCGAAGGUUUUGAGCCUCAACAAAUUUCUGUCUCUCUCUCUUCAACUUAUGAUUCUGUUUGGAUCUCUUGGGUAACAGGGGAUUUCCAAAUUGGUUAUAACAUAAUACAGUUAGAUCCUGAAUCUGUUUCUAGUGUUGUCGUAUAUGGAAUCUCAGGAUUGCCUCUUGAUUAUCAGGCAACUGGCUAUUCACUUGUUUAUAAUCAGCUUUAUCCUUUUGAAGAUGUUCAAAACUAUACUUCUGGCAUUAUACACCAUGUUCGCCUCACAGGACUAGAACCUGAUACACUAUAUCAAUAUCAAUGUGGAGAUCCUUAUAUAGGAGAAAUGAGUGAUGUGUUCUAUUUUAAAACUAUGCCAGUCUCCAGUCCCACAACUUAUCCCAGCAGAAUAGCAGUGGUGGGAGACUUAGGUCUCACUUACAAUACAAGUACAACACUCAGCUACUUGCUCAGUAACCAUCCUGAACUUGUUAUUUUGGUUGGGGGUAUAAGUUAUGCUGAUAUGUAUCUCGCCAAUGGUACCAGUUCUGAUUGUUAUUCUUGCUCAUUUCCACAAACUCCUAUCCAUGAAUCGUACCAGCCGCGUUGGGAUUAUUGGGGAAGCAGGUUUAUGCAGCCCCUUCUAGCUAAUGUUCCCACAAUGGUGAUAGGAGGGAAACAUGAAAUCGAACAACAGGCUGAAGAUCAGAUAUUUGUUGCUUAUAGUUAUCGAUUUGCUUUCCCAUCUGAAGAAAGUGGCUCAUCAUCAACACUGUACUACUCUUUCAAUGCUGGGGGUAUACAUUUUGUGAUACUCAGUCCUUACGUUUCCUAUGAUCAAACAUCCGAUCAAUUCAACUGGUUGGUAGAAGACCUGUAUAAUGUUGAUAGAGAAGUGACUCCCUGGUUGGUGGCCGCUUGGUACCCUCCUUGGUACAGCACCUUCAAGGCACAUUAUAGAGAAGCAGAAUGUAUGAAACAGGAAAUGGAGGAUUUGCUGUAUGAACAUGGUGUUGACAUAGUCUUCAAUGCGCAUGUUCAUGCAUAUGAGAGGUUGAACCGAGUGUACAAUUUCAAGUUGGAUCCGUGUGGUCCAGUUUACAUUACGGUGGGUGAUGGUGGUAGUAGGGAGGACAUGGCAAUUAGCCAUGCUGAUGAUCCUGGUAAUUGUCCCGAGCCAUACGCUACGGCAGACGAAGAUAUUGGUGGCUUCUGUGCAUUCAAUUUUACAUCAGGUCCUGCUGCAAAUAAGUUUUGCUGGGAUCAGCAGCCUGAGUAUAGUGCAUAUAGAGAAAGCAGCUUUGGUCAUGGAAUACUAGAGGUGAAAAAUGAGACUCAUGCUUUGUGGAGUUGGCACCGGAACCAAAAUUUCUACGGAAUUGCUGGGGAUAUCAUCUACAUAGUAAGGGAACCUGAGAAGUGCCUAGUUAACAAAAGAUAAUCAGUCGUAUAGACAAAACUUACAAUUGCCCCUCCCUCGUACUCUUAACUUGUCAUCAGUUGCAAUAUAAGUGCAUCUAAUUUAGAAAUUCAAAGUACCAUAUACUAGAGAUUAGAUUUUUCUUUUUUGACAUUAGGAUGCCUUAUGGAUGAGAGCUCUCAUACAUUAGCAAUAAUAGUAAAGUUACAAGAAUCAGGUAGAACAAUUGAGUUUAA